AUGAUGUCCUAGAUGAUUACAGAAGUUACUAGUCCAUAGUUAUUAUAAAAAUCUUAAUAAUUAUAAAUGGAUACUCCACAGUAUAUGUUAACAGAGAAAAACCAAAUGAAAACACAUCAAAGUCAUAAUUAAAAUAGUUGUUAUGAAUCUCCUCGGCACAAAAUUUAAUAUAAUAAUAAUAUAAACUUUGAUUCAUACUAAAGUAAUACAGUCAGUCCCUAAAUUUACAACAACUACUAUUAAAAUGCUCAAAAUCACCAAAUAGCAAAUUCUAGAUUUUUAUAAAAAUCCAGUCCUUUUAAUAGCAGCAUUAAUAAUGAAAAAGAGCACAAUAAUCUUGAUUAUUUGGUAAUAGAACCUUCUUCAAAUAUUAAUAAUCGUAGCUAAUUUAAUAAUAAUGAGGAUAUUUAAUAAAAUUCACAGUAGCUACAGCCAAAUGUUGAAAGUGAGUCUUUGAUUGGUAAUGUCUUUGCAGCGCAGGCUCCUUAGUUCUGCAAGAACAAUUCGUUGAUUAGCACUGAUACCGAUUAAUUCUGGAAUAAAAUCAUAACAAACAAUAAUGAAUACGAUGAAGAAAAAAAUUUAAAUAGCUUUAAUAAUAGUGCUCCUCAACAACUUGAAAAUUACAGCUUGAUAGCUCUGUAAAAAUAUGAAGAUGUUCAGCAAAAUUUCAAAGAAAAAGCAGAAUAACCUAGCUUUUAGAGAGUGUAAUAUAAUGCUUUGUCUUUAACUGAUGGAAACUAAGCUGACGUUAGUGAAAAAAUACACAAAAUGAAUGACCUAAAUGUAUUUGAGAAUGAGCAUUUAAGAGUUUUGAAUUUGUAAAAAGAUUAGGAAAUUCAGUAAUUAUUUUAGUUGAAAAGCGAGAAAAAUUAUUUGCAAAAUUGUAUAGAAUAACCUUAAUAAUAGUUAUUUAUAAAUGAAGAAAAUGGGUAUUAAAGUGAGCAGGAAAAAAUUUAGUAAUAAUAAUAAUUAUAAUAAUCUUAAUUAAAAGAUAAAAUAGAAGAAAAUUUUUUGAUAAAAAUAGACGAGUUCUAAAAAUAGGAUCGCGCUUUUCAAAUUAAUUAAGAAGAUUUAUAAAUUGAAAAAAGCUAAAAUUAGAUUAAUGUGUGUAAUGAAAAUAACAAUAUUAACGAUUAAGAAGUCGAUUAAUUAAAAAAAUACAAGAAUAGUGAGAUAUAAUACACAUAAACACAAAAAGAAGAAGAAGAAGAAGAAGAUUUUCUAUUUAACUUUCAAAAGCCUAACAAUAGUACUUCAAACAGUGAUAACGAUAUCAGCUUGGCUUAGAAGACUUCACAUCAAGUAAAUUACAAAUUAAAUAAUCCAGCAGAUAAUUCAGAUUUAAAUAAUAGCUAGACUCUCUUUUAAAAUAAUAAUUAAAAUUUCUCUCAAAUAAAUUCAAAUGUCACUCCUUCAUUUCAUUACUAAUAAAUUGAUUUUCAAAACAUUCCAUAAAUCCCAAAGUAAGAUAAUUAAAUAUCUUCAAUUUGCUGCAAACCUGAAAUGACUAAAUCCACCUCUCAAUCAGAUUAACCAUUUUAAUAACAUAAAGAUUAUUCAUGGUAAAAUAAUUCCUCUGAACAACGCGCGAUGAUGGACAACUCUUUUAAGACUAGCAUUGAGCAGUCCCAUUAAUAUAGUGACCAAAAAUUUUGUUGCCCUGUUUCUUCAUUCCCUUAUGAUAAUUAAUUAUAAACAAUAUUUCCUCAUAUAAAUUAAAAUACUGAUUAAAUAAUGGAUGAAUCUCUAUAAUUAUAAUAAUAAAUUAUUAUACCAAAAUAGAAUUCUUAAUUAUAAUAAUCAGAAUAAUAAUAGCAAUAAUAAAUGCGCUAGCCAUAGCUAUCAAUUAAAGGAAUAGCUAGAAUGAAUUAAUAACAUUUUGAGUCUAACUUGCUUACCAAGUAAAACCACCUCUUACACACGGAACAGUAAAUAAACAUAGCUGAUUAUGUCUUUUUGAAUGGAAAUGAUGUCCUCUAAAGAAUUCACUUCAGAGGAAGAACUGAUAAAGAAUUACAGAAUAUUAUUUAAUCAACAAAAUUUAAGAUACAAAAUCUCACUUUAAAUCAUAAUGGUCUACACUUCAAAUCUAGCCCAAGUUAGCUUUACCAAGCAACUUAGAAGCAAUAUGAUCAUCAAAUAAGUUCUUUCGAGAAUGAUAAAAGUAUUAGAGAAAAUUUGAAUUCUACCAAUUACUAGAUUUGCUAAGCUAAAACAAUAUAUAAUGAUUGGGACUACAAGAGAAGCAAUAAGAGCGAUCAUUUUCAAAGAUUUUCUUAAUAAUUAAAUAAAAAAUCUAAUGAAAAGAUUCCAGUAGCACCCUUAAAUUCAAAAAUUAGAAUAAAGUUAGGAAAUGAAUUACUGGUUUAAUCUGUAAUUAGUUAAUAGACUCAAAUGAAAUAAGACUAAGAUAAUAAUCUUUGUCUAUCUGGCUUGAAUUCAUAAGAAGAUUCUAGAUAUAUUCAGAUGGACUAAGAAUAUGGCUAUUGCAAAGACUUAGAUUCUAAUUAAUAAUAAGAUAGAGACAUGUCCAGAAGCAAUGUAGAAGAAGAUGAGUCUUUUGUGAAAUCGAGUAACUUAACAUCAGAACAAUGGCACUGUAUCCAACAAUUACAAAAACACAAAAAGAAAAAUGUUGCUAAAAACAUUAUGACCGCAUUUAAGAAUUUCAUUUCAAACCCAACUAAAUUUGGGUAUUCUUAAUAACAAAUUGAAUCUGCACUCUCAUAUUACAAUAAAACUAAAAAAAUUUAUGAAUCAUUUGACGAAAUGCAAAGCAAAUUUUUAAAAUAUAUUGUAAAGAAAAAAUUUAACCAUUACACAAUUAAAUUACUAAUUUAGCAUCCAAAUUACGGAGAAGUUUUUGAGUAUUUCCUUAAAUAACUUUCUGACUUUUGGCUAGAAUAAAGUAAAGUUCAUGACAUAGAAGCUCAUUUAGCAAUGAUUAACUUCUUAAAAGAAGCCUAUAACGAUAUAGAAAUCAUAGCCUAACUGAAAAAAUAUGACAAAAGAAAAUAUUGA